AUGGAAGCUGUGAAAGUAGUAUUGAUAAUGGCAACAAUGUGGUCGUGGCUCCUAUCAAUCGGUCACGCGGCGCCCUUGUCAUUCAACUACACCAGCUUCGAGCAGUGCACCGACGCCGUGAAACUCGUUGGAGACGCGACCUGCGUAAAAUCCGGGGUUCAGGUCACGGGCUUCCAGUACUACACAGCCGGGCAGGCCCAGUACUCGAAGCCCAUGCGGCUGUGGGACGCCUCCAACGGAAAGCUCUCCAACUUCACCACCACAUUCACCUUCUCCAUGGACAACAGCAACGGCGAUUGGACCUGCGACGGCUUUGCAUUCUUCAUCGCCUCCCACAACUACACCUUCCCGGGGACAUCUGCCAACACGGGCCUACUCGGCCUCAUGGAUGGCAAUCACACCUACAAUGCAUCGGCUAACCCCUUCCUGGCCGUGGAGUUUGACACCUACAAUAAUCCGGACUGGGACGUGUGGAGCAACCUCAGCCACGUUGGGGUCGACCUCAACUCCAUACAGUCCGUUGCUAGCAAGCGGUGGAAGAGUUAUUCCGAUGGGAGCACCACCAUGUGGGCCCAGAUCUCUUACGAGGCCGGGAACCUGUGCGCUAACUUCACAGGGCUGACGGAGAACCUGACAGAGGUUCCCAGGGACAGCUUGUGCUAUGAAGUGGACUUGAGGGAUUACCUGGCAGAGUGGGCUGUGGUUGGCUUCUCCGGGUCGACAGCGUGGCGGUACCAAUCCCACACCCUCAAGUCGUGGUCCUUCGUCUCCGACUUGGACGCUGAGGGGGGACCCACAACCACCACAGGAAGUAGUGGCACUGUAGGGAAAAAGAAGAAGAGCAAGGCCACGAUGAUUGUGGGAUCGAGCGUGGCGGGAGUAGUAGGUUUCGUUGGUAUUGUUGCAUUGAUUUUUUGGCGGCCCUGGCAGCACAGAAAUAAUGUUAAGCAGCCUUUGCCGUCAGCUCCCCUAGCCAAUGGAAUGAAUAAGGUGGAGGAGAAUAGCAGCAACAACAACCAUGGAAUCAAGUUCUACAGCCCACUGGACAUUAGGAAAGCUACCAAGGAGUUCAGCAGGAGCGAGCACCUGGGAAGUGGGGGGUACGGGGUGGUGUACAGGGGAAAGUUCCAAGGCAGUAGUGAGUUGGUUGCAGUGAAGAGGAUAUCUGGGCAGAAGGACAGUGAUUUCAAAGGGUAUAUGUCGGAGCUGUCCACGAUUAGCCAGUUGAAUCAUGAGAAUCUGGUGAAAUUAAUGGGGUGGUCAUUCGAGAACGACAAGGGUUCAUUCUACCUCAUCUACGAGUACAUGGCGGAAGGAAGUUUGGAUGGCCAUCUGAUCCGUCAUCAAGGAGAUGAUAAGGAUGAUGCAAGGUCCAACAAACAGCGCAAGAAGCGGUUGGAUUGGAAGAAAAGGUACACCAUCGCAGGGGACGUGGCUAGAGGGCUAACCCAUUUGCACGAGGGGCAAGGGGGCCGUAUUGUCUUGCACGGGGACAUCAAGCCUAGCAACAUCCUCCUUGACUCCAAUUUUAAUGCCAAGCUUGGCGAUUUCGGCCUAGCCCUCAUUGUGGACCAGCAAGCAGCCGGGCCGCAGAAAGCAUCGGGUCACACCCCUUGGUACGUGGCCCCGGAGUGUGCCAAGACAGGCAAGUCAACCAAGGAGUCGGACAUUUACAGUUUCGGGCUAGUGCUGCUGGAAAUCGCAUGUGGAGGAAGAAAGAAGGACCUUGCCAAGUGGGUUUCAGAGCUGAAUUCCGAGGGAAAUAUUCUCAAUGCAGCGGAUCCAACGCUAAAAGAUGAUGAUCGUCAUGAAAACCUGGAGAUGGAGUCGUUGUUGAUGGUGGGUCUGCACUGUGCCCAUCCCGAUCCCAAACACAGGCCACCAAUGCGGGUUGCGAUGCAAGCGUUGAAUCUGGACAUGGCGCGUGACGCCUUCAUCUCCAAGUAUCCUGCUCCCACACCCAAGGAAUACUUACUGUUUUCUCCCCCAGUGGCAGUGCCGCACACUAGCAUGAAUUUAUCAGGCCCACCUUCCACAUCAGGAGGAGGAGGAGGUAGUGAGUCUCCAAUGCCAUUGCUUGCGAAUGCCGCCCAUCCCACUACUGCUUCCCUUUACAUGUCUAAUGCAACUCAAACUGCUCCCAAUGAUGGUGGCGAAAACUGA